CCUCGAGGACCCACCCCUCGAGGCCGCGGGGUUUGGUUGCACACGGGCUGCAGUUUCAGUUUGUUUUAUUCACCAUUUUGAGUAGCUGAGGGCAAAAAAAAAAAAAAAAAUUAGGGAUAUUUGCGUUUGGAGGACGAGUCGCCGCCGUACUUUUAUUUUCACGCGCUAGCUCGGACGGCGGAGUUUGUGCGCAAAGCUCGCUCCCCUCGGUGUUUUGCAGAGCGGGAACCAGUAUUUUUUUUUUCGCCUGUGCUGCUUCUUCUCUCCCCCUCCCCUCUUUCUUACAUCCUUAACCUCUACAGUAUUCCUGCAAAAUGUCAAGACCAGUGAGGAACAGGAAAGUGGUGAACUACUCACAAUUCAACGAGUCUGAUGAUGCAGAUGAGGAGUAUGGUGGGAAUAAGCCCAAGAAGGUGCGCGCACCUCCUCGUGAGCCCAAGCACAAGCGCUCAAAGAACUCACAGGAUGACAGUGAAGAGUCUGAUGAGAAGCUCACCAAACCCAAAAAUGAUUCAGCAGAUGAUUUUGGCAGCGAGGAGGAAGACAACGACUUUGGAGAGGAGGAGGAAGAAGACGGGGGAAGCGACUACGAAGAAAAAAAAGGCAAAAAGGGAAAGAAAGCCAAGGUGGAGAAGCCUGUCAAGAGGGCGCCGAAGAGAAAACGGGGUGCAGAUGACAGCGACGACGAGAAGGAAGUGAGUCGAAAGCGCACGGUGCGCCAGGCGGCCUCCAAAGCCGUGUCGAAACAGAGGGAGAUCCUGUUGGGAGAUGGAGGCAGCGAGGACGAGGAGCACGAAGACAAAGAGGAACCCUACCAUGACCCUGACGAGUCCGGCAGCGAUGAGGACUUCAUGGUGGAGGAUGAUGAUGACAGUGACUAUGGUCGCUCCAAGAAGAGGGGAAAGAAGGUGAUCCGACGGGGACGGCCGGACAAGAAGGAGAAGAAAAGCCCCAAGCCCCGACUAAAGGCCACAGUGACCCCCAGCCCGAUGAAAGGAAAGGGGAAGGGGCGCCCCAGCACCAAGGCCGUGGAGAAGAGCUCACCCAAAGAAGAGGAAGAGGAGGACCCCGAGAGUCCCCUGGAGGAGGAAGAGGAGGAGGCAGAGAAGAAGGCGACCUCCCCCGCCCCCAAGACGACGAAGGAUGCCGCAGGAGGAGACGAGGAGGAGGAAGACGAAGAGGAGGAGGACGGCUCAGAAGAGGAGGCGCCCUCUGGAGAAGACUAGAAGAUGGUACCCACUGAAGCCCAUCCUCCCAUGUCUCUUUCUCUGUCUCUUCUCAAAAGAUUUUGUUUUUCUUUUGUUGCUCUGCGUUUAGAAUAUUAUUUUUUUGGGUUUUUUUGUUUUGUUUUCCUCUCCUGGUGGCCUGGCUCAACGGUUUGGACUUGGUGUGCUUUUUUCCCCCCCUGUUUUAGCUUUUUACCUCCCCUCCAACCAAGACAUUGUGCUGAUUCUCAUGCGGCGUAUGUAAGGAGUCACAGCACUCAGCCGCACCCGCCCUCCUGUCAUUAUCAUUCACAUUCUGCAUUCUAGUGUGAAAGCAAAAGUGUCCGCCUUUUCCAAGAGCUCAGUGCUAGUGAGCAUCCGUCCUGAGUGUGAACAAAACCACUUCACCCGUUUGCUUGUUUUUCUCCUUCCCCUGGGAUUAUCAGUGAUCUGACAUGACUGGCCACACAAGCUGUCCAGUUUACUUUACCGAUAUGUGCGAUUACAGGGAGUUUUGUCCAGGGCUUCUCAGUAUCAAGUUACUAAAGUGCCGUAUUUACAAAGCGACGCUUAAGUCAACACACGCGGGGCUAAAAGCCCUUUGCCCUCUCUUUGGUACCUUGUGCUUUUUAACCAGGAGCAUGUUUUAACAGGGCAGCAUUAGCUAGCUAGUUAUUUUAAAACCUGUUCUGUCAGUUAAAGCAGCUUUCCUUUCAUUUUCAUUUUCAUUUUUAUAGUCACCCUGCUCGUUUCAGACUGUAUUGGUGCUGAACUCUUGUUGUGUGGCUGCUGCUGCUGCUGCUGCUUUGUAGUUCAGUUCAAACCGUUCAAAGGUGUGCUAGGUGGACUGGCGAAGUGGUUGGUCAUUACUGAGUGUAUGCUACACGCUGGACUGCCACUAUCACAGGUUUCAAGCCAGCAUGUGUGUGUUUUAUGUACUUGUUUAAAUUUUGUAUGCUUGUUAGAGGGUCUGGCUUUAUUUUUUUCCCCCUCUGUCUCUCUCAGCCCAUCUGCUGCCUAUGUUAAACGGUUCUGUUGUUUUUAACGACGCACCAUUGCUACGUGAAGCAAACCCCCCCCCCCCCCAGAACACAUGAUCCCCCUACCUCCCCGCAUGGCUACAACAUCUUCUCAGCAUUCAAGCCCUUGUGCCAGGCACCCCUAAUUCAGUUUUUAUUUUAUUUUUGUUUUUAUUUUUAAGAAAUGCAAGAAGAGAUGUUUCGUUUUUUCUUUUCAUUUUGAGAGUUCAAAAAAAAAUGAAUGUUGUUUUUUCUUCUGUCGGUUCAUUGUUUUAAUUCUCUAUUCAGAUUUUUUUUGUAAUGUUUGUUUUUUAAGAAAAGAAAUAAAAAUGUAUCUUGAUUUUAAAGAAAACAGUUGACCCUAUCCAAUCUGUUCUGCCCGAUGGUUGGACCAGCCACCCCUCCCUUAUUUACCUUUGUCCUUUCACUCACCCCCCUCCCCCCAGUCCCACCAGCUUAAUGGUUCCCGUUGGUAUCCUUUCUUUUCUCAGAGCAUUUGUUCACCCAUAAGUAUUUCACAAGCGUAUCCAUUUUUUUUAAAAGGACACAGUACUGAGACUCCAAAAAGAUUGAAAUAAAGUAGGCAGCUCAGUAUAUAUCCGGCAUUUGUUUGUCUAUUAAUGCCUUAAUUUUCAUUGAGUUCAGUUUUCAGUAGUGGCUUUGGUAUCACUGUUGGAGGCCUGAGAAUGUAAUCUGCCCGCAUGUUUUAGGUCUUUGCUACAAACUGCAAAUUAGGCUUAGAACAAGUCAACAAUUUCUAUGAUCAAUGGACCAUCAAAAAAGCCAUAAACGAUCUCAAAACUAGUGACUCAGUGAUCAGAUGCAGAACUCGUGAGAUUGUCCUCUUUUUCUUUUCUUUUUUUUGGAUAUAUAGUGUUUUGAUGUUUAAAAAAAAAAAAAAAAAAAAAAAAAAAAAGAACAUAAGAAAAAGCUGCUAUUGUGACCUUGGGAACAUAAUAAAUGCAUUAUUAUGCAUCAAACAGGAGAAAUUCUGAUUCGUCCCAUGGCUGAAAUACAAAUACGGUCCUGGAUUUGGACAGGACACUUGAACCUAGGCCUUGGUUCAGAAGCACAUUCAAUUCUUUUACAACUGUCCUUAGCAGCUUAGUGUGUUUUUCUAGGUCCUGAAUUGGCACCAGAUCCUUAAUGUCAUUUUAAGACAAUUGGAUAUAAAUAAGGAAGAAAAAUAAAGUUGUUUAUACCAAUCUAAAGCUCAUAGAGCUCUGUUGGCGGUAGGAUCAGAUACUGCCCUGUAGCUCACAGCGCUGAGGGCUUGAAGGUUCCUCUCCAUCAUCCCACAGGAGGCACAUGGCAAAAGGCUGUGAAUUUCUCCUCUUUUCAUCCAUUCUAAGAUUACUUCUGUUGUAUGGUUUUUGAUGUGGUUUUUUUUUUUGUUCUUUUUCUACCUUCGGUUGUACUGGCAAUGUAAAUGUAAGCCAAGUUGUGAUGCCUACAGGAGACCAUGAGGAGAAGCUUUUGUCAGUAGUGUGGAGAGGGAACGCUGAACUCGAAUCUUUUGCAUGUUGUGGGGGAAAAAAAAGUGCGAAGCGAUGAUGACGCUGGUAAUGGCAAUAUUGUGGUCUUACAAAAAAGAAAAAAACGAGUAUUAACAACGACAAUGUUGAUAAUGUUUUGGUUUCCCAGCUUCUAAUAAAGGCAACCUACUUUUUA